GGGGGGGAGUCGUCUACUCUAUAACUACAGAGGUGUCAUGGCGGCGCGGAGGGAGGACGUGUUAUGCUGACGCUUUGGCGCUUCGUCCAGAUGUUCGCUUGGCCAUGGCGGCCCGGGGCCUGUGCAGCUGGUGGCCGCUCGGCCUGUGCCUCACUGCGCUGCUGCUGAUAGGAGAGGCCGCUGCCGGGCUGGUGGAGCAGGGCGCUCCGGGGAGAGACGAGGGAUACCCCUGGGAGGAGCAGGACGAGCGCGGCAGCAGCAGCAGCAGCCUCAGUUCUCUGGCGCCCGGCCUCGGGGCUGCUGCGGCCUUUCCGGCUGGAGAUGUGAUCGUGGAGGACGAUGAGUCCGGGGCCGAGCAGGAGGAGGGCGGCCGGGAGCAGAGCAGACCCAGGUCCCUGGUGAUUAUCAGUACAUUGGAUGGGAGAAUAGCGGCUCUGGACGCAGAGAACCACGGCAGGAAGCAGUGGGACCUGGACGUUGGCUCGGGGUCUCUCGUGUCCUCCAGCCUUAGUAAACCAGAGGUCUUUGGUAAUAAGAUGAUCAUCCCCUCCCUGGAUGGAGACCUCUUUCAGUGGGACCGGGACAGAGAGAGCAUGGAAGCCGUUCCGUUCACAGUGGAGUCCCUCCUAGAGUCGUCCUACAAGUUUGGCGACGAUGUCGUGUUAGUUGGAGGAAAGUCCCUGACAACUUAUGGGCUCAGCGCCAGCAGUGGAAAGGUGAAAUACAUCUGUUCAGCCAUGGGCUGCCGGCGGUGGAGUGGUGAGGAGGAGGCAGAGCAGGACGAUGUCCUCCUAUUACAUCGGAAGCAGAAAACCGUGCGUGCAGUGGGGCCUCGAAGUGGGAGUGAAAAGUGGAAUUUCAGUGUUGGUCAUUUUGAACUGCGUUACAUCCCAGACAUUGAGCGAGGCGUGGGUUUUAUCGAGGGCCACGUUGAACCCACUGGUGGCACAGAUGACUCUAAAAUCAUCGCUGACGUUGAUGAUCCGGAGGCCGGCACUAAGGACGUUCUCAUCAAGGUCUCUGUGGCCGACUGGAAGGUCAUGGCCUUUAACCGCCAACUGGGGCACCUGGAGUGGGAGCAUCAGUUCUGCACCCCCAUAGCCUCGGCCUGGUUAGUCAGAGAUGGGAAGGUGGUGCCCAUUAAUCUGUUUGACGACACGAGUUACUCAUCAAAUGAUGAUGUCCUGGAGGAUGAAGAGGAUCUUGUGGAAGCUGCCAGAGGAGCCACCGAGUCCAGCUUCUACCUCGGGAUGUAUCGGGGGCAGCUGUAUCUGCAGGCUUCUGUUCGGCCAUCAGAGAAAUUUCCAGUGAAUCCGACAGCGUUGGACACCAGGAAGGAUGGUAACGCCAUAAUAUCUCUGCCGAGGAUCAAGUGGAAGCCUUUAAUACACUCUCCUUCCCGGACGCCUGUGUUGGUUGGUUCGGACGAGUUUGAUAAAUGUCUCAGCAAUGAUAAGUUCUCUCAUGAGGAGUACAGCAACGGGGCCCUGUCUGUGCUCCAGUAUCCGUAUGAUAAUGGUUAUUACCUGCCGUACUACAAGAGGGAGCGCAGCAAGCGAGGAACCCAGAUCACCAUUGGGAUACUGGAGAACCCAAACUUCAAGAACAUUCGUAAGAAGGAUCCUGUGGUGCUUCUCCCCUGGUGGAAGGAGAUAAUCGGCACCAUCCUGCUGUGCAUCACCGCCACUACAUACAUCGUCCGCAAGCUCUUCCAGCCGGCUAACAGCGCCAGGAAGAGGAAAGAAUCGGAGACGCAGUGUCAGACGGACAAUAAGUAUGAGGCCGAGAGCGGAGAGCUGACGGAGAGCAGAAGUGACUACUACAAUGGCUGUGGAUAUGUGUCCAGGUAUCUCACUGAUUUUGAACCAAUCCGCUGUUUAGGACGCGGAGGCUUCGGCGUGGUAUUUGAAGCUAGAAAUAAAGUUGACGAUUGUAACUAUGCCAUCAAGAGGAUCCGGCUUCCUAAUAGGAAGCUGGCCAGAGAGAAGGUGAUGCGGGAAGUCAAGGCGCUGGCCAAACUGGAGCAUCCUGGGAUUGUGCGCUACUUCAAUGCUUGGCGCGAAGAGCCGCCAGAGCUGUGGCAAGAGCAAAUGGAUGAGCUGUGGCUCAAAGAUGGAUGCACCGAGUGGCCCCUCAGCUCCCCUACUCCUAUGGAUGGCCUCUCCAUCAAGAUUCGGAGUGCAGACCCCUUCUCCAUGAAGGAGCAGGUAGAAGUCCUCACCCCUUCUUCAGAAAGUCAGGGCUCUCUGUCCACCAGGUUUAUGGCUGUUGAUACAAGACGACCUGGGGGACGAUUGUUUCCUCGCCGCUUCUCUACAGAGGAUGCCGCCGUGGUGAACCUGCAGGACAGUUUCCUUACAGACUGUGACCUGGAGCACAGCACAAUGGAUGACGAGGACAUGGGCGUUCCUUACGAGCCUCGAGAUCUUGGAUUACAUGAGAGAACCUCCUCCUCCAUCAUCUUUGAAGACUCUGGUUGCGACAACUCAUCCAAUAAUUUAGAUAAUAGGACGGAUGUGUCCGUUGUGGUUACGACCAGCGAGUUUUCUCAGGGAGACUCCUCCAGCGAGAGUAAACCCACCUCUCCAAGCACUUUGUCCAUUUCUCCUCCCAGACCGAAAACCUUGAACUUGGACUUAACCAAAAAUACGGCUGAGAAGCUGAACCCUAGCUCUCCUAAGGUGUACCUCUACAUACAGAUGCAGCUGUGCCGCAAGGAGAACCUUAAAGACUGGAUGGAGGCGCGCUGCACGCUGGAGGACCGGCCACGGGCUGAGAGCCUCAAUAUAUUUCUGCAGAUUGCAGAAGCUGUUCAGUUUUUGCACAGCAAAGGCCUGAUGCACAGGGAUCUGAAGCCUUCCAACAUAUUCUUUACAAUAGACGAUGUGGUGAAGGUGGGAGACUUCGGCUUGGUGACCGAGAUGGACCAAGAAGAAGAUGAAGAAACCGUUCUGACGCCCAUGCCAGCCUAUGCCCGACACACUGGGCAAGUGGGAACCAAACUGUACAUGAGCCCUGAACAGAUGUGUGGCCAGAGUUACUCUCACAAGGUGGACAUCUUCUCCCUGGGACUCAUCUUAUUUGAGCUGCUGUAUCCGUUCAGUACCAACAUGGAGAGGGUGCAGAUAUUAACAGACUUGCGAGACCUGAAGUUUCCAACCCUGUUCACACAGCAAUAUCCCCAAGAGCACACCAUGGUCCGGCACAUGCUUUCUCAUAACCCAAGUGAGCGGCCCGAAGCUGAAGAAAUUAUAGAGAGCCCCAUGUUUGAGAACAUUGAACUUCCCGGGAAGCUGACGCUCAGGCAGAGAUCCCGGACACUGAGCACCUCCGGCCUGAAAAGCCUCAAACAUUCCAGCAAGUGAUCGCCUCUGUCUCCUAAACCAGAAGGACUGUACCCGUUCAGCACACCUCGCGUCUCCGUUCACAGGGGGUCCGGAUCGGAUUCGUACUGGCACAAGACACAUUUUAUACCGUUUGUUGGACGUUUUAUACCAUUUGUUGAAUGUCUACUGUAAUGACGAAGAGCACAAUGUACCUGGCGGCGAUAUGAAGAGUUCAUGUUCUGUACGUUUCCUCGAUCCCGUUGGUAACGGCCGUCCAUUAGGACGAGCGUUUUUGAUCGGAUCUGUACUUAAAGGGCACCACACCUAUUAAGGGUCACUGUAGCCUUCUAGAAGAUUAUGUGUAGGACUCGAUUAGAAUUUUUUUUUUUUUUAAAUAUAUUUUUACAUGACGAGAAGCACAGACUGGGAGAACGUUGGAGGGGUUUAUAAGAGAAAUAUUUUUCUACGUCUUGAAGGCUUCAGGUGGCUUGUAAGAUUUGUCAUUGAUAGGAAGAUUACAAAAUGGUGGAAUAAUGGGAGAAAUUACCGACUGUCGAUUUCUAAUUGAUUAACCCAAUUUUAAACGGGCUGUUUUUUUUUUAAUUGUAUUCUUCAUAAAAUAACAAUUCAUUUUUCUUAUCGCCAUGCAUUAUGCUAUUCCUCUGUUAUUCCUCCUACCUAACCAGCUGGGGAUGGGUCCGCACAGAGACUGGCAUUACCGAUCAGUGCCGAUGCACGAAUUCAGGAGGAAUAACAGAGGAACAGCACAACACAGAAUUGUUAG